UGUGCGGCGCUUCCUCCGCCUCUGCUUCCGCGUAGCAGCCCCGGGAGCUGGAGCCAAAGUGGGAUUCAGAGUGCCGGCCGGCGGUGAGGCCGGGGCAGCAGCUGGCGGCCGGGGUCAGGGCAGGAACCUGGACUGAGGCGGUGGGCUCUGCAUCCCUGCAAGAUGGACGGAACAGAAGGCAAUGCUGGGCAACCCGGCCCCGCUGAUCGGUCCCAUCGAAGCAGCGUGUCCUCCGUGGGAGCCCGAGCAGCCGACGUGCUGGUGUACCUGGCGGAUGACACAAUGGUGCCCCUGGCCGUGGAGAACCUGCCCUCCCUCACUGCCCACGAGCUGCAUCAGGCCGUCCGUGAGGUCCUGCAGCUCCCGGAUGUUGCCCUGGAUGCCUUUGCGCUCUGGCUUGUCUCCCCUCUGCUGGAGGUGCAGCUGAAGCCCAAGCACCAGCCCUACAAGCUGGGCCGCCAGUGGCAGGAACUGCUGCUGCGAUUCACCGACGCUCCGGACGAUGACGUGGCCAUGGAUGAGCCUUCCCUGCAGUUCCGGAGGAACGUGUUCUUCCCCAAACGGCGGGAGCUCCAGAUCCAUGACAAGGAGGUCCUGCGGCUGCUCUACGAGGAGGCCAAGGGCAACGUGCUGGCCGCUCGGUACCCAUGCGACGUGGAGGACUGCGAGGCCCUGGGCGCCCUGGUGUGCCGCGUGCAGCUCGGGCCCUACCAGCCUGGCCAGCCCACUGCCUGUGCCCUGAGGGAGAAGCUGGACUCCUUCCUCCCUGCCCACCUCUGUAAGCGGGGCCACGGGCUCUUUGCUGCCCUCCGGGGCCGUGGGACCAAGGCCGGAACUGGCGAGCAGGGCCUGCUGAACGCCUACCGCAGGGUGAAGGAGGUAGCCGGCAGCGAGAGCGAGCAUGAGGCCUCCCUCAGCCCCCACUACCGCGCCUACCUCCUCAAGUGCCACGAGCUGCCCUUCUACGGGUCUGCCUUCUUCCACGGCGAGAUUGACAGGCCAGCCCAGGGCUUCUUGCACCGGGGAGGGCAAAAGCCAGUGUCUGUGGCCAUCAGUCUGGAGGGCGUGCAUGUCAUUGACAGCAGGGAGAAGCAUGUCCUGCUGGGCCUGCGCUUCCAGGAGCUGUCGUGGGACCACACCUCGCCCGAGGAGGAGGAGUCUGUCCUGUGGCUGGAGUUCGACGGGGACAAUGAGGGCACACCGGUCAACAAGCUCCUCAAGAUCUACUCCAAGCAGUUGUCUUGGCUGAUAGCACUGCCUCGGACCCCCGUUACAGUGGCCGAGCUGAUGAGCAGCCUCAUCGAGUACUGCAUCGAGCUGAGCCAGGCCGCGGAGCCCGCCACCCCUCAGGAGAGCGCGGCCGGCCCGGCCUCGGCCCCUGGCUCCUCACCACCCCCCACUCAACACCCCCAGCUGCGGAGGCAGGGCAGCGUGGUGUGCAGCCGGAUCCAGCAUCUCUCCACCAUCGACUACGUGGAGGAGGGUGAGCAGAUCAAGCGGGUGAAACCAAAGCGCAGCACGUCCUUCUUCAGCCGGCAACUCUCCCUGGGCCAGGGGAGCUACGCUGUGGUGCAGCCCACCGAGAGCCUGGAGCAGGGCUGAGGGCCGCGGUGCCUGGUGGGAGGGCGCAGGGGCAGCCCCCGGGCGUGGCCCAGCAUCAUGCUACCUGAGGGGGAGCGCUGGGAGGAGGGCAGCCUCAGCGUGUGGACAAGUCACUUCUGUACCCGGGACGCUGCCCGGGCUGCGCUGUGCAGAGCCAGCUGGGGGCAGCCGCAGGAUCCCUCCUGCAGCCUGCCUGCCCUCCCUCCGGACGCUGGGCCCCGCUGCAGUCUCAGGACCAAUCUGACCAGGCCCCGGCCGCCCCCUCCCACCCAGGGACUCGCCUUUGUGCCCCUCUCAAAACGGACAGUAUCCCCUGCCCUGAAGUCCCCGCUGGAGGCAGGUGUCCCCACUGGAGGAGGAAUAGGGCUCAGGACACUUGAGCGUACUAUGUGUCUUUGGUCUUUCCCCUGGACUUUGGUGACCACAUCCCUGCAUUCCUUCUGCUGCAUUCCAGCCCACACCACCAGGCUGGGACGUGGCCCUGCGGGGAGAGGGCAGGGGGCCUCCCUGGACUGAAACACAGCAGGAACAGCGAAGGUGAGGCCCCCACCAAGCCCUCCCCGGCUGGAUGAAACUGGAUGGCCCCUGCGCCCCUCACUCAGGCCUCUUUUGCGGGCAGGAGACACUCUGACCAGAAGGAAAGUGUGCUUGCUCAUCUUCGGUGAUGCCACUGUGCUGGGAGCUGGCUGUCCUGUGGACCAGCAAGUCCACUGGACCCACGGUCCACACCCGGAGGAGCUCCCAAACCCCCUUGGGCUUCAGGUUUUUGUUUUGAUCUUUCUUUGUCUGCUUUGGUUCCAUGAAGCCUGUGAACUUGGGCAACUCACAAGGAUGCUGCCACCGGCCUCAGAGCCACUGGCGCUCCUUCCAGGAUGGCGCUGUGGUUUCACCCAGCCUGAGCCAGGGGGCCGGCCCAUGCACGGGAAACCCCAGGACGGGAGUGGUCUCCUUCUUCCUGAGGACCUUGUACGUAGGCUGGAUGUGGCCUGGGCAUGGCUCUUCCCACACCUGCCUGCCUUCCCCCAGAUGAGCUGGCCUCGGGGAGGGCCUCCCAGCCCUCGGGCUCCUCCGUGGUAGGUCCCUGGCUUUCAUGAGCGCUUCCUGGGACUUGAGGCAGUCCCAGCUCAGCACAGGCUUUGCUUUGUCUUCCCUUCCCCGGGGAGAAUGUGGGAGAGGAAAUGUGAGCCUCUUGUCUCCGGAUUUCCGGUCACCUCCUGCUCUCUUUGGUGACUCUUGAGGACUCCAGAUGUUUCGAGGUGGCUUGCCUUUCAGCCGUAGGGACUGUUAUCUGUCAGUACAUAGGCGUCUCCAGUCCUUUGCAACGUCCUAGCCGUAGGACACCUCAUCUCUCCUCCUGGAGCCCCUCCCCGGCUCCCAGCUCUCUGUUCUGAUGCCAGGUGCAUUCUUACCUGAUGGGUUGAGGGGCCUGGCGGGGGGGGGGGGGGAGGUGUACACACAAACUACUUGUUUUGACUCUUCAGCCUCUUUUUCCUAUUUUCUUAGCAUCCACUGUACCUUAACUUUUCCUGCCUGCCCUUUCGGGCAAAGCAGUAUCUUACUAAGUGUCCUUCGAAUAUUCUUAUCCUUUCGUAUCAUGUGACUUAUCAAUAAUAAAAUCAAUUUCCAGCAAA